UCUUUGUGCCAUGGCAGAUGGGGCGAGGAGAAGAUCCCUGAGGAUCUGGCGUUUUUUGAGGUUCCGCAGGGGACUCAAAGCCACAGCUCAUGCUGAUCACGAAUCUGCCGACCAUUUGGAGAGCAAGGCGUCGACGGACACGCUGAUCCAUGCAAACAGCUGGACCAGCACACUGCCGCCGAGGCAGGUCUUCUUCCACCCGAAACGAUUCUUCAUCGAAUGGUAACGACACACGCACUCACCCAGGAGUCACCCUCACAGCCUGGUCACGGCUUCCUUCUUUCCUCGUGUGUGUUCUGUUGUCUGCAGGUGGGCGCACAUCGCCUUCUUUGUUGCCGGCCCUUUCGCAUACCCCAUUCUCAGGCUUCUCUACGGCUCAUCCAUGUGCGUCUGCCUGCGCGGCCUUCCUCUUUUGCCCACAGCCCCUGUCUGUGUUGUUGUGUGCGUUGGUUGCUGCAGGUACGCCCUCGUCAACAGGGCUUUCUCCAUCCCGAUACGGUGCCGCAGACGACGCAAGAAGCACAAUCACGGCCUCCCGGAGGGCGAGCUGUCGCCGCCAUACUUCCCGUCAGAAUGCCCCUCGCGCGACGAGCAGGAGCAUGACGAACACGGCAUCGGUGCUGCCACGCCAGUGCAGAAGGGAUCGUGUGCGACGAACAGCACGGCCAAGAAGUGGCAGAGCAACAAGACGGUGCAGUGGGUGGCCUUGCUCAACCAGGGCCUGCAGUGGGCGCUGCACAUGGGGUCCAUCCUCUUGUAUUUCAUUUUUCGCCCGCCCGAAGUGACCUUUAUUGAGAUGUGAGUGAGUGCAGCAGCGCAGCAGGGGAGGGAGGAGGGACGAAGACAGGGCUGCCUGGAUGUGUGGAUGUGUCGAUGUGUGUGUGUGUGCAGCCUGUACAUGCACCUGAGCGUGCAGAUCCGAUCACUUGUGGUGAGUGAGAAGGAAUAGAGAAGAUCCAUCUCACGCGUGAUACACACAUGUAGAACCACACAAUGGCUUUCCCUCCCUCGAUGCUAUGCUAUGUCUUGCGCAGAUCGCCACCAAGUACGCCUACCUGACAGGUGGGGUGGGUGGGCGGGCGAGAGUGACGUGGCAUGCAGAGACCGUCAGUCAUUUCUGUGCACAUGCCCGUGUGUCUUGUUUUGCAGAUGAGGAGUACGAGGCGAUGAACGACCGGCCCGUCUGUCAGCACUGGUUCCAAAACGAAAUGAUCCUUCUGGGGUCAGCAAGGAAAGGCGGCGGCGCAUUGCAUUCAGUGAUAUGACAACCAACCCUGUGUGUGUGUGUGUGUGUGUUUACGCUAUGCCAGGUGGGUGAAUGUGCCGGAGGAAGUGGCUCUUCGCCAGAUCGAUGCAUCCAUCGAGCGCAUGCGCUUCCCAACGCACAUUGAGUUCAAAUUCAUAACUGACCAACAGGCCAAGGUAAGGUAGCCAUCGGACCAAGGUGACCACCCUUCGCCAUGCACCUCUCCCCUGCUUCUCUGCAGGCGGAGAGCCUACGCCGCGAGCCAUCCUUCAACCCGGCGAGGGGCAUCAUCGACAUCAGCCAGCCGCAGACCGUCCCCCUGCAACAGCACUCCUCCCCGGUCCCACCCACCCGCCACACAUCAUCCACCAUCCCCGCCGUCGGCAGGGCCUCUUGUUUUCUAGGCCUCAUGCUCCCAGACAGUAGCAGUGGCUUGCCGGGCAAGAGACGCUCGUGGCGGGAAUGGUGGCGCGCCGCCACCACUGGGCUGCCACACGUGUCGAGCAAAACCGAGAUGGCGUCUACGGUGACGAGCAUUCUUACCCGAGAUCAGCGUGAGUACCUCAAUUACCUCUCCUCGGCCGACACGGCCUCAUUCUACCGCCCGAUGCCGCCGUGCAUGUAUGCAGCGCCCAUGCUGCCCCCUCCCUCUUCACCUCCCACCGCCCCGGCCCCCGUAGCCCACAACAACUCUUCCCCCUCUCCGGCGUCACCCCAGGCUGCCAAUGAUGACAGCAGCUCGCCCGACGGUCGGCUGGCGGCCAUUCACGAGGAGAGAGUCACGUCCAACACAUCAACGGCCGAGGGGCCGCCCUACUCGAGCACCAACAGCGCGUCCAAGAGCUCGAGCAAGGCGUCUGAUGGGGCGGGCAAGAGAGAGAGUGAAGAUGAGGGGGAUGUGUCGGAGGGAGCGUGUCAAACGGUGCCCAUCCUCACCCUCGUGCACCUCUUUAUUGCGCAAGUGAUCGAGGGCAAGAUUGGCCGGCAGUCAGUGCUGCUGCUUUUUCUGACCGCUGCAUUCCUCUGCCUGAUGCCCUCCUUCGUCAGGCUGGGCUUUGGCUAUGGUCAGCCGACACAACACAAACCACACAGAGACUGCGGGGGGCACAUGAAUGAAUGUGAUGACUGCGGGGCCUUGGUAUGCUAUGCCGCCUAUUUGUUUCUUCAGGUUUGUUCGGUAACAGCGCCAUCGCUGUGGUGGGUCGCUAGACAACACGAAUCCUGCACUGCACCUGUGCCGUACGUGUCAUUCAUUCUCCUGUUGCGGUGGGUGCAGGUGAUCGUGGUGUUUGCCCUCAUGACGAAUGUCUUCAAUCUGGGACUCAACUACAUUUUCAUGCUGGCAGCUUACCGGUACACACACACACACACACACACACGCGCGCGCGCGCGAACGACGCAAAUGGCGCCCAUCCGUCGACGCAUGUGUGUGUGUGCCUUCCUUCCCCUCUCUCCCUCCCUCUGUCAGCGAGGCGUCCCGUCGUCUGGCGGUUUUGCGCUACUGUUCGGCGCUGCUGGUGACCAACGAGAUGGACCCCCAGCGGCAGCUGCUGCCGCCCAGGAUACGAGCCCUGCCGCGGCUGGACCUCACCGACUCGGACAGUGUACUUGGAUGGUGGUUUCUGCGGACCCUUGUCGUCGACUGGGGGUGAGCCGACACGAGACAACAAAGCUGCACAACAAAGGGUUGUUAUUGUGUGUCAUUGGCGUGUGUAGGAGGCGAUAUCGUCUGCGUAUCCGAACUUUUACAGGCAUCUACUUCUUUAUCCAGGUGAUGCUCCUGGCGUGGCUGAUCAUCGACGUGUACGUGCGGCAAGACCUGGGCCUGACCUCCAUGGCGAUCGCUCUCAGCAACAACAUCGUCCUCUCAUUCAUACUCGCCAAGCUGACCCUGCUGGGCAAAAAGGUCGACGACAUGGCCGACGACCAUGCCGCCAUGCUCUACCAGCAACAGGUAGGUACACCACUCACCGCCCAUCACGCACAGAGAAUCUUGACACACAGCGAGGAAAGAGGAGCCCAUUCUUGUCUCUGCGUGUGUGUCUGAUUGACAGGACCGUGUCAUCACCUUGGUAACCACUCGGCUGGAGGACCUCUCUACCGGCCGCGUGCGGGUCAGUGACCAGAAGUCGCUGGUCGGUUUCCGCCGCCCGACCGCUGCGUGGUGGGACACACGGCGCGUCCGGCCGGCCAUGCGCAUCCGCUACAGCAGCCCGUCGCACCACACCCAUCGCAGACACCUCGCCGUGCACAGAGGAGGGGGCAGACAUCACCACCACCACCACCAGAAGAAGGGGGCCAGGUCGGAUCACGCCAGCUCCGACACACAGAUGAGGGAAGCGGCUGCCACUGGAAGUGGAGGUGAGGAGCCGCCGGUCAAGAGCAGGUCUCGCGAGACGGACGUGCUAGGGAGGGGGGUCGGCAAGCAGAAGACGCUCACAUGGUCCCCUCACAUCUACAUCCCGGACUUGCUCACCAAAAGCCUCCCCCAGCCGGACCUCUCGCAAGACGCCAGCAACACCACUGAUGACGACCAGCAGCCCAUCGACAUUGCCAUUCCCCCUAACAACCACACACAGCAGCUGGACGACGAACCGGAUGAGCACCAGCACCACCAGCAGCAGUCGGAGGUGGCCCGUCUCUCGUCCAUUCAGACACACACCGACGACGAGUACGCCAAUGCCAUCGUCAGGCGGUGCAGCACACGAUCGGGGACAGACGCUCGCAGCGAGAUGAGUUUUCAUCGCGGCAGCUCCAAUGGCAGCUCUUUGUCUUUGUGGGGCAGCGUGAGUGCGGUCGGGGGCGGGUGGGCGUUUGGCGAGGGUGGGAGUGUGCAGGACGUGGUGCUGCACCACCUGUAUAUUGCGCUGGAGCGGAUCAAGAUACUCUCACAACAGGUGGGGUAGAUAGAUGGUUGGGGGUCACUGAUUACAAAGGCAUCCAUGGGCGGAUGCUGACUGCCCUGUUGCGGUUGGUGCGCUGGUGUGGGGUGGUGCAGAUUCGUCAGUCGCGGGAUUGUUUUCCCACAACCAUCCUGGGGCUCCGGGCAGGUACCUACCUAGCUACACCUGUUUGUUGCACGAGGGACGGGUGCAGGUGCUGCAGGGAGGGAUGGUUGCUUGCUUGGGUGGGGUGCUUGCUGUGUGUUUGUCUGCAGGUACGGAUUUACUUCGCUUCAUUUUGGCGAUUCCGUUCGCGGCUCUGUUUGCCAUCAUCCACCAUUUCCAGUCGCAGCCCACACAGCACACGUGAUGGAUGAUUGAGCCGACCAUGCCAUGUUCAUUGCAGUCAGCUGAGACUGUAUAAUGUGCCGUCUUUUGUAGGUAGAGAGUGGCAGGAGAUGUGUGUGGAGCGAUGUGUGUGUGAGUGAGUGUGUGUAAGGGUGUGGAUGAGAGAGCUGGCCG